UCGACGACGAGAGACGUUCAGCUCUAAGAAAUCAUGGCGUACCCUAUGUCCAACACCGACAAGCUAUCCUACGUGCAGAUGCAAACGCUAGCCAAAGUGCGUUCCACCCACGGGUAUCACCUUAUUAUAACGAAUCCCUUUCUUUCUAAGCAAGAGUCGGCUGGCGGGGAGGUGACAGUGUGCAAACUACCUCGUGGCCUAACGCUAGGGACAACCCAAACAUUCCUCUUCUAUUUCCCUAACCUGACAGGGUCAGCCAUGAUCAAGUACCGCAUUCGCAAUGACGACGGCGAAACCGGAGACACAAAGGGCGCGUACAUGGAAAUUCUUCCGACGAGAGACGGCAUGACAUUCUACCAAUACAGUUCCGCCAUCGGCAUCAAACCAAAAACCAUUUUCAGUGGCAGUGCCGAGUUUACACAAUUCGCUCUGGUGCAGUUGGAGGCAGCGUCGAAUGGAUACACUAAGCUGUUCUACAAUGGUGUCUACAAGAAUACCGCAGAUGCACUCAACUUCGGUGCUCACUUCGUGCAACAUACGAUUGACAAAACGUUCAACCCCCUGAUGGUCAUGGAAAUACACCACACUUACAUCAGCGACAAUAGCAAAAUCUUCAACACGAGUGUGGACUUCAAGAAGCCUGAGUUGCCGUUGUCACCCGGUGCUUACAUCCUCUGGGAAGGAUCUUCCAACGGACCGAGACCGGUAGCCGAUAAGGAAGGCACGGAACCAGAACACACCAGGGCUGAAGCACAACACCAGCGAUGGCUGCAGUUUUCGCGUAUCCGUGGCCAUCGGAACGUGUACCACAUAUCUCCCAACGAGUCCCUUAUCUUUCCUUCCCUAUCACUUUCGCUAAUCUCCCUCCAGUUUGUUACCAACACUUUCAUCAAAGCCUGGGGACACGCUCCAAGAACGGGGAAGAGGGGAGAGAUAAGAACACCGAUAAAGAAAUGAAAUUUAAAAAAAACGACUCUGUGCAGAUAUGUGACAAUGUAAUUUGUAGUGCACUGUCUGAUAAUCAAAAUAAAAGCGGUUGGUAGAAGCGGCAA